UCCAACACAAAACGGCUGUCCUCAGUAAAAUUUAGAAUUGCUUAUUUGUUCAAACAAGUGUUUAUGUUUUCCUACUGGAAAACAAUUAAAAGAUAUAGAACAAUAAUUAAAAGAAAACAUAAUGUCACUAAGAGUAGAACGAUCCAGCUGAAAGAUCUCUAGUAGCAUGGCUUACAUACAUUUAAGACAACCAUAUAUCGCAACAUCUUAAUGCAAUGGAUACAAGGAAAGGUAGAAGAGGAAGGGAAAGUUACCACUCUAAAAUAUCAGGAGAGAUAUAAAUCUUGGAUCAACUAGAAAAGAUGUUGAUGAAAUUUUGCAGUUAAGCCUAUAUUGUAGAGUUUUGUUAUUAUUGCAAAAACUCAACUAGAAUAGAUGAGAGUGAUGAGAUCAUGGCUCUGGCUGGCAUUUUCUCCAUUGCAUUGGCAGAACUUUUGUACCAUUUAUUAGCCAUAACUAAACCUGGCAGUACUGGACCAGACUGCCAUGUUCCUAUGUUGAGUCGACAGCUAUCUGUGAGGCUGUACUCAGGACGACAAUGAGUCAAAUAUAAUUCAAAGAAUACAAAUUAUAAUUCUAACCUGAUAAUGGCACUGGAUUAAAAAUUAAGGGAUUAUUACAACUCAUCCUGAGCGGAACAUGCAUGUGUGUACCUAAUUUCAUAGUAAUCCCUCCAGUAGGCUACAUGCUAAUACAUUUAACUCAAAAACACAAAUUGAAAAAGUCAGGGAAUCACUAAAGUAACAAACAUGGAUCCCUGAGAGGUUAAAACACUAACAAUUUGUCUAGAAAGAUGAGCUCCAUGUCAGUCUAGUUUUAAAGUAUUCAUGUAAACUAGGACGUUCUGGAUACAUCAAGUCCCCCCUCCACCCGUUUUCUCCAUCAAGCUGUGUGCAGAGUGAAACCCUCUACGCUCCUGGCAAUGGCUUGGUGAGUGGUGAGUGUUGGAGGAUCUUAAGUAAGUGACAACGGUCCUGCAGGUUGUCAGCAAGAGCAAGUCGUCCUCAGUGCUGAUUUACAGUGAAUGAGAGACAGCUGAGCUGGGCGGCAUGGAGAGACAGAUCCAUUUCUGAGAGAGGGAGGAGGGGAUCCCUGCUCUGAAACGACUAACCAUCCUUCACAUUGUUGGCUAUAAAAAGGUCCUUCUCAUUGGCCACCAGUCAACUAAAUAUUUCAGUAUACACUAGAGGACAGUACAAAACAUGGGUAUAUAUAUUAAAAAACAUUUAAAAAACAACAUUUUGGGGGGCAGAAAAUGUAUCUAGAAUUUAAAAUAUGUAUCUGUGAAGAGACAAUUCUUGCUAUUUCUUUACAUCCUCCGUCUUGAAAAAGUGCAGACAAAUGGGAAUAUUCAAAUCUGUCAAAUAAUUACUUGCAGGUCAUAGGUGACAGGUUUAACAUCUGAUACAGGCCUACUGAAGGAGUGGACGAGGAGGUGACGAAAAGAUGAAUAAGAAAUAGCUCAGAGCAAGAGAGAAACGUCCACCAUGAAUGGAAUGUCAACUAUUUGUUGAAGGUACACAGAGAGGUUUUCACUGGAUUUGCUGCCACAAACUGUAAACUUGUAGACAUGUGUGGACAUACUGUUGUCGAGAUGUCAAUCACCCGUGGACAAUCUGAUUUAGCUCCUUGAAUUAAAAGGCGAUAAGACAAUAUUCAAUAUUUUUCUUAUUGUCAGACCGAAACCAAUUUGAUUUGAUUUUGCUAAGAAGCAUUGUCUGUGCAUCCAAAUCCUGAUAAAGCCCAUUCCUCUUUGCCAUAAAGCUCCAUUGUUGUCCAGAAACAAUUAAAACCCCACAAAACAGUGAGCCACACUGUUGCACUGGGUGACAUGAUCUUUCAUGGCCAUGAACAUGGUCACACUAGUUUAUUUUGAGCCAAUCCCAAAUAAACUGCCCUGCUACUGUUUGCUAAAAACUACAGUGCCCAGAUAAAUAAGAAAAUAACCUUUAUUUAGUCCCAGAGUUAUUGUUUAUAUUCUUACUUGCUAAAAGAUUUGCACAUUUUAACGGUAGCUAACUUCAAAUCAUCACCUCACAUGAAUAAAUCAACUCAAUAAAGCAAAAGAAUUCCAUUGUUAACUCAAAAUCCAACCUAUGUUCUACUGAAUUAAUGCUCUAUGCUUGUUUCUAUUCUAUAGUACUUAUAUCAAAUGCUCUAAAAACUUAAUUUCCCCACCGAGACCAUUAUAGUUUCAUGUUAUCUUCUCGCCCUUCUGGAAAUUGCCCUUCUGGCUCAGGGGUCGUAACUAAGCCUUUUCCAAAAGGCCAGGGAAAGCCCUGGAGAUAGAGACACCAAUAGGUUUGUAGGUUGGAGGGAUGUAACACUAUGUAUAGCUUUGAAAACAGAGAAGAGAGAAUCAGGGGUUGAGGAGACUGGGAAGCCUUUGCACUUGUAGAUCAAGGCUUGCAGGGGACGGAGGGUUUAAAUUGCAGGCUGCAGAAGAGCUGUGAAGUUGCACCUCUCUCUUUUGUUCCAGUGAAACUUUUGUACCUUUACAAAGCGUGGCAGAACAACAGAGGAAGAGUUUUUGAUCUUUUCUUUUAGGAGGUUAUUCAUUCAGGUGCAGCAACAGAUCUUCAAUCACCUCCAUAGGCUGGAGAGGAGGGAGAAAAUUAUGCUCACAGAGCCCAAUGUGUACAGCAGCACUAUGGGCAGGAAUGACAACAACUAUUGUUCUUUGAGAGACGGUGAUAACCCCAAAACAGACGUCCAUGCUGACAGAAAGAUGGGAAGCUUCAAUCCGCGCACACUGUGCAACUCCCCAGAUAUCUGUAACUUGCCUGAUGACAUCGCGCUCCAGCUUGAAUCUGCCUUUCUUGGUGACAAUGCUGUCAACGUUGAUGAUGGAGUAAACAGGAGUCACAGGGGAAAGAGCUGUGAGGAUGAUGAAGAGGGCCACCUGGUCUAUCACAUCGGUCUCGUGAUGAAAGAAAGAUAUGAGGUGGUAUGUACAUUGGGGGCAGGAGCCUUUGGAAAAGUGGUCGAGUGUAUUGAUAGAGACAAAGAGGAGCAUGUAGCCGUGAAGAUUGUGAGAAACAUUGAGUGUUUCCGUGAAGUAGCCAGGUCUGAGAUUGCAGUGCUGGAGGAGAUCAACCACCUGGAUGAUGACAACAGAUUCGCCUGUGUGAGGAUGCUUGACUGGUUCGAGCACGAAGGUCACAUCUGCAUCGUGUUCGAGCUGCUCGGCCUCAGCACCUUCGAGUUCCUCCGACAGAACGAGUUCCUGCCGUUCAGUGUGGAGCAAAUCAGACACAUGGCCUUCCAGAUCUUCAAAGCCGUCUGCUGUGAGUCAAUCCUGCAUCGUAACAAGCUGACUCACACAGACCUGAAGCCAGAGAACAUCCUGUUUGUGUGCUCCGACUACGACCUGGAGUACAAUGACGAGACGAACUGUGCGGAGCGGAAACUGAGAAGACUGGAUGUGAAGGUGGUGGAUUUUGGGACCGCCACAUUUGACCACGAACACCAUGAAUCCCUGGUGUCAACGCGUCACUAUCGAGCUCCAGAGGUCAUACUGGAUCUGGGCUGGAACCAGUCGUGUGAUGUUUGGAGUCUGGGCUGCGUUCUCAUGGAGUUUUACCUGGGACGUUCACUGUUCAUGACCCACGACAGUAAGGAACAUCUGGCCAUGAUGGAGAAAGUCUUGGGACCGAUCCCCCCACACCUGCUGAAACAGACCAGAAAGCAGCAUUACGUGCACAACGAGCGUCUGAACUGGGCAGAGAAGAACUCCUCUGAUGAUUACCUAAGGAAACACUGUAAACCUCUAAAGCUGUACAUGCAGAGGAAGACCGAGGACGAGAGGCAGCUAUUUGACCUGCUCAGCUGCAUGCUGCAGUACGACGUCUACAGACGGAUCACCCUGGAGGAGGCGCUGUGGCACCCGUUCUUCAGCCCGCUGAGGAUGCAGAAUCAGCAGCGCAGCUAGCACAUGCACACGCACACAAACACACACAUUCAACAACUACCUCGGGCUGGAGUUGCGAUUACCAAACUGUUUGGGUUGGUAGGUCUGAGUUGAUGAGUUGGAUGAUUUUUUGUUUCAUUUACAGUCAUAACAGUUUCAGCGAGCAUUCCUGUCAAUUUGAAAUAUUUGUUUUGACAUCCCAACAGUCUGCAUGUCUUUGUAAAAAGCCAAAUGUAUUGUGAAACAAUCGCGUGUUUUCCUUUAUUGAUUCUUUGUCACAUUUGUCAGCAGUUUGUUAGUAAAUAUUUAGCAUUUUGGUUUUAAAUCUGUUUCAUACAAUUCAUUUUUACUGCUAUAACAUCUGCUCAUAUACCAUCAGAGGUGGGCAAACUUGUCAACUAAAUACCUAGAAAAUUGUACAUCACGUAUGGCUAUCAAGGGGGUUCUGUUAGCUCACCUGGUAGAGCGUGUGACCCAUGUACAAAAACCUUAUUACAGCAGCAUGGGUUCGAUUCUGACCAGUGGUCCUUUGCUGCAUGUCAUCCCCUCUCUCCUCACUUUCCUGUCACUCUAUAACGGCAAUAAAAAAGACCCAAAUGAUAUUUUAAAAAACUACCAUCAUUUCUUUCGCUAUUCUAUAACAAGUCAUAACAUUAUACUCACCAAUGUCAAAUUCAAAGAGGCUUUAUUGGCAUGACUAUAUAAAGUCAUUACUUUGAUAUGGGAAAAUCGUUCAAUUGCUUCCUACUGGCAAGAAACGACAGGUUGAUCAGCUAUUUUAGCAAGGUUAAGACUAAAAUGCGUGAGCAUCCAAAAUCUAGGUAAUAAUCCCACAUUUCACAGCAAAUAUAUGUGCACACAACAAUGCAAUUACUCACAGUUCAGGUACUGUAGAAAUUAUGAACAAUAUUAUUAGAAUAAGACCAGGGUUCAAUGAAAUCUGAUUUUGCCUUUAAUUUACAGUGAUAUGUUCAAAACCAAAGGCCCUUUUGAGGUUAACACACAAAUGACCGAGCAUGAUCCUUCUGGGCACCGCUGAAAGCCUAGAUGUAUAACAGCAUAAUAUAUAUGACAAAUGAAAAAAACAAAGAUAAAUUAGCUCUUUUUCCAGCUCAGCCGAUUAAGCUUUAUUUAGACAGACCGCAGUCUGUCAGUCUAAAGUAAAUGUUAACUAUCUCUCGCAUAGAAAUCUCUGACAUCACAUGGUGCAACCGCCUUGUUGAUACAGACUGCUGACACGUAAAGUGGAGGAUAUUUAUCAAGAUUCAAGCAGCCGAGGAAGUUUCCAUGACUGAAUAGUUAUCCAGCUAUAAAAUAUAACAUGCGCAAUAGCAAUCACUCAGAUAAACGCCUGGCGCGUCUGCUAUCUUAGAACCAUCGGUUUAAAGCUACUAAAUCACAUGGAUAUAAUAAAACAGUAUAAAACAAAGCGGGUCAGAGGGCUAAGGCACACAAUUUAUGUAUAAUGUUGUGGGUUCCAGUCUGUCUCAUGACCUUUGAUACAUGUUAUCUGUGAUCUGUCCAGCCUCAGGUUACAUGGCACAGAAGAGACAAGUCUGAAGCCAGAAUACAGUAAUUUUUAGAGAAAAACUCAAAUGCUGAAUAAGAAUAUUAGUUUCUUUUUUCGGAUGGUGAACCUGGACAGUUUUAACUUCAUGAAGGGCACACCAAAAUAAAUUCCUGGCAACUGUCAAUUCAGCAAUUAAAACUUCUGAAUCUCGAAUUACUGCUGUCUUUCAGUGAGACACUGGCACACAUCAGUGACUAGUUAUAACCCAAGUCCUGAACAGUGUUGUCUUAUUGACAAAAAGUAGCC